UUGGAGACCAAAAACAAAAAAAAACCCAACUACGAUUUUGAUUCCAUAUUCAGUUUUUAAAAAAAAUAAGGAUAGAAAAUAUGUCAAAUGAACAAAUCUCUACCGGUAAUACUGAGGAAACAGUGAAUUGCCCUAAUGAAAUUGAAAGAAAUCAAGAUCAACAAUAUCCAACAAAAGAUUAUUCUAUGCAAUUAGAAGAAGUAAUAGUAAAUCAUAAUGAACUAGAUAAACAUGAAGAGAAUCAAAAUGAAACUGUUGUAAUGAAAGAAAAUGAUCAGUGUAAAAUAGAUGUUAAUUCAUCAUUGGAGAUAUUGAAAAGUCAAAAAAAUGAAAAUGAAGAAGAAAACGAUACAAAAUUGAAAGAAAUUUCAGAUAAAGAAGAUGAUUCAAAAAAAGCAUCAACUCUUGAAACUGGUGACAAAAAUGUAGAACAAUCUGAAAUACCUGAGAAUUCAUCGAGUGAAAAAGAUAAAGAACAUAAGAAGAAAGUCAAUCUAGUCAAAUGGUUAAAGAAAAAUGUACAUAUACAUUUACCAAAGCAUCAUUCCUUUAAAAAGGAGAAACCCGUUAUGGAAUGUAAGACUGAAUGUAUAAAUUCCAAUGAAGAAUCAACGUCUGAUAAACAAAUUAAUCAUAAUUCAACUGAAGAAGUGAAAACUAUGGAACAUACUGAGAAUGAGCAAAAUGUAACAACUGAAAAGACGCAUGAAACUACCGAAUCAUUACAAUCCACAACUGAGGACACAACAACAGAUAAUUCUUUAAUCACGUCUACAACAAUAAUCAGUGCACGAUUAUAAUCAACUUAUUUCUUUGUAUGUGUUUAGCUAAUUUAUCAGCUUGCAAUCUGUUCUAUCUUUUAUGUAACUUCAUUUUUCUUAACUUUGAUUAUCUAUAUAUAUACUACUUAUAAAAAUAUAAAUAUUUAUGGUGUGAA